UUGCAGUCGACAUUUCGUGGCUGAGGACGUGAACGAGCCGUCGGCGGAAGGGGGGAGAAGGAGGCUGAAACCGGGAGCCGUACCGGUGUUGUUCGAAUGGAACAACUUCUCUCUUGGAGAACGGAGGCUUUCCGUAUGGGAGCGUAGGCCUACGGCUAGACCUGCCCUACCUGUCCCUGAAGAAGUCAUGGCUGCACCGCCCGAACAUGACUACGACGACCGUCCAUAUCCGGGUUUUGUGGACGCCUUACUAGAUGAGCUGGAGUGUCUACGUAAGGAAAACGCCAGGUUGAAAGAGGAAAAUGACAACAUCUCCCGUUUCUGGCUUCAAAGGAUGGCUGGAUCUGAUGAUGAUAUCAGAUUUUACACCAGGUUUGCGUCUUAUGACCACUUACUGCGCUUUUGGAGUUUCAUUGAGCCAUCAGUGAAGUACAUGAUUCGGUCCACCAGAUCAACUACUGGCUUAACAAGUCGACCCAAGGCGCAGGCUCUUCACCCGGUCGAUGAACUGUUCAUGUUCCUUUCCUACCUGGCCCUUGGAGAGAAACAGAAGGCCUUGGGGAAACGCUUCAACGUUAGCCAAUCCACUGUGAGCAGAGUCAUACUCACCUGGAGUAAUUUUUUGCUCUGCACCCUAGGUUCCCUCAAACUUUGGCAGUCUCAGGAGCAGAUUAAAGAAUACCUGCCUGAGGAUUUCAAAAAUUAUGCAGACACCACAGUGAUCCUUGACUGUACUGAGUUCAGAUGUCAAACCCCCUCCUCACCUCUUGUACAAAGUGAGGUAUACUCGCAAUAUAAAUCGCACUGCACCGUUAAAGGCAUGAUUGGCAUUGCACCCCAUGGCGCAGUGACCUUUAUUUCCCCCCUCUUUGCUGGCUCAAUCAGUGAUAAGCAACUGUUUCUAGAGUCAGGAAUUUGCAGAAUGCUUACGCCAGACUCCGCAGUAAUGGUGGAUAGAGGCUUCCUCAUUGACAGUCUAGUGCCCUGCAAGGUGUAUAGACCUGCUUUUCUAGCUGGAAGAAAUCAAAUGCCUGAAAACGAGGUUGGGGAGUCCCAGGAAAUUGCACAACUCAGGGUCCAUGUGGAACGGGUGAUUAGGAGAUUGAAAGAACACCAGUUCUUUCACUAUGACAUACCACUUAAUAUGUUUGGUAAUAUAAAUCAGUUGUUUAUGGUUGCAUGUCUUCUCCUCAAUUAUGAGAAUCAACCCCUGGUUAAAGCUUGGGCAAAGUAGAUUAUUUCUAGUCAU